CGCAGCCGAUAUACAUUCAUUGAUUUUUCAAUAGAUGUCAUAUUCAUCUUUAUUUUCUUUUUGCUGUGUUUAACUUUUCAGUACAAACGUUCUCGUACUGAAGUUUCCUCGUGUUUAAGUAUUUGUACUUAGCAUAAUGACUUCCAAUCAACACAAACUAUGCUAAUUUUAGUUUCAUUGAAUCAUAAAAAAGUAAUAUUUAGUAAUUUGAACAUAUAAACUUUGUUAAAGAAAUGUAAUGCUUUUGAAUUCAAUAAUUUAAGUAAUCUAAUACUUGAUAGUAUUAGAUUGAAUAUAAAUUCAGAUAAUUAUUCGAUGGUUAACUCAGAUUUAAUAUUAAAUUCUAAAGAUGAAGAUAAACCAAUCGAAUGUAAUAAAGUUAAUAGUGAUCUAUUUGAUGUAAUCAAAGAAGAUUAA